AUGGCCGGCGUGGCGGCGCGGGGCAGCCUCGGGCUGCGGCCCGGGCCCGGGCCUGGGCCCGCAGCCGAGGCGGGCGCUGUGCCGAGGCGAGUGGCGGGGCCUCCUGGCGGCGGCCAGGCCCAGGCCCAGGCCCCGGCUCCGGCCCCGGCCCAGGCCGAGGAGAUCAACGACGAGUUCACGGCGCCCAAAGCGAAGCAGCUUCACCUGGAGCGCAACAAGGCGGCCAUCGAGGAGCUGUUCCGGGUGACGAUGAGCACCUCGUCCCCGAAGUCGGUCCUCCAUUUCCUGGCCGACUCCCCGGGCUCCGCGCAGAUCUGGGUCCAGCUGAGGGGACGGCGGGAACGUGUACAAAAGGCGAAGGAAUAUAUUAAGGGUAUCUGCAAUCCUGAAUUUCGAACAGUUGAGAAUUAUCCAAAGGACAUGCACUGCAUUUUUGCUGGAGCUAAAGGAUUGUUUCGGAAUUUUCUAGUUAAGUAUACCUGUGCCGAUAUUUCCCUAGAAGAUAUUGGAGUAAUUGCCAUUGCUGGAAAUAUGGAAGCUGUUAUCAUGGCUAAGACUCGAAUACAGCAGUUUGCAAAGCUCUUUAAGGAUAAUCAAAGCUUAUCAAGUAAAAAGGAAUCUUCCAUUAAGAGGAAAUUCAAGCAGUUUGUGGAAGUGCAUGCUGAUAAAUAUACAAUGGAUUUGCUGCUCUUACCUAGCUCUGUCAAAGAGGAACUUAUGAAUCUUGCUCAGGAUGCACAUCAUCUUGAAGGUAAUAUUGAAUUUGAAGAUCUUACGUUGGAGUUCGAAGACUCUUCUCAGAAUCCAUGUUCCGAAAUAAAAGGUAAAGAUCUGGCUUUAUUUGAAGAGGCCAGAAAACAGGCUGGCACCCCUGUAUCAGACCUUGCACAGCGAAUGGAUUCAAUGCUUACACCUGAUUCCAAAAAUGCAUUUGGUUCAGAAACAGAGCAAACAUUUUGCAGGGAAUUCGACACUGGAAAGGAGAGAUUACCAUGUAAAAGAAGAUCAUCUGGCAGUGAGGACCGGCAUACAAAGCGACAGUUUUCAGGGGAGGUUAAUGACUUUGUAUAUAAGCCUCCUACCCAACUGACUUCGAAUGAGUUGGUCACUGAUUGUGAUGAAACGUAUGACAUUCCAAUAAAGUGGGGUCAAGAUGGCCAAAGUGAAGAAGAUAUAAUCCCUACUACUCCAGAAAAGGAGUUCAACAUGCUUGUAGAUUUUUUCAGGACUAUGGGUUAUUCUACUGACAUUAUAAAGAAAGUUAUAAAUGAAAUGGGACAGACUGAGGAGCCGAUGUUAUUACUUAAACAAAUUGUUGAAGAAAGUAAUACUUUGGAGACCUACCAAGAUGAUGCCAUCUAUCAGAAAUCACAUCCGGGUAGCUCUCGUAUUCCAGCUCCGAGAAUUCCAGAUAGUGCACACAUGGAGAAAUCGCAAGAUUUUGCCACCCAAAUUGAUGAGGAUAAAGUGAAUAAACCAGACAUAAUUCCAAAAGUUGGUCAUUCUCCAGAUCAAAGGAAAAAUGAGAUGCUUAAAGAAAACUGUCUUCCUCUCGGAGUCCUGGCCAGUUCGUCUCAAAACAACAGCAUUUCCAAACUACCUUCAGAGAAGUCUGACACUGUUAGACUCGUAAACAAUAGACUCCAAAAUGAUAUUCAAAAUAGUCAGCCAGCCAUGAAUUUCUUCAGUUUUGAAAAAUUGCUUAAUGAGCAAGGGCCAAGAAAUGAAAGUGAGAUUGUAGCGAGAGGAAGCUCUGAACAGAUGCAAAUAAGUUAUUAUCCAAACAUGAUGCCUUUUCAACAGCCUGCUAUAUCUUCUUCCAGUCAGCAAAAAGGCAGUUUGGUGACUGGAGUCCAGCGGUUCAAUAAUUUACUGAAAACCCCUUACAAACUUACUCUAACAAGUGAUGCUGGAAAGACAGAUUUAAAACACAUUAUAAUUGACGGGAGCAAUGUUGCAAUGGCACAUGGAAUGAAAAAAUUAUUUUCCUGUCGUGGUAUUGCUAUUGCAGUUGAAUACUUUUGGAACCGUGGUCACAGGAACAUUACUGUAUUUGUGCCACAGUGGAGAACCAAGCGUGAUCCCAAAAUCACAGAACAACAUUUCUUAACUGAGCUUGAAGAUCUGGGCGUACUUUCUCUCACACCGGCUAGAACUGUGUGUGGAGUAAGAAUUGCAUCUCAUGAUGACAGGUUUCUGUUGCAUCUUGCUGAGAAAACUGAAGGGAUCAUUGUCACAAAUGACAACUUAAAAGAAUUUGUUUCUGAAUCGCCAACUUGGAGAGCAAUAAUUAAAGACAGGUUACUACAGUAUACGUUUGUCGGAGACAUAUUCAUGAUACCAGAUGAUCCUCUUGGAAGAAAUGGACCCGGGCUGGAUGUUUUUCUGUAUCAGAAUCCUUACAGGCCUCAGCCCAAGAAACUAAUCGCAAUACAUGGUCAAAAUCUUCCUUUUGGCAUUAAGCAACCUGAUAACUGGGUAUCUCAAAACAGACCUCCUCCGCUGCCUCCAUUCCGUUCCGUAGAAGAAACUGAAAGACUGAAGGAAGAGUUAUUGAAGAUAUUUCCUGAUUUCAAACAAAGGCAGAAAAUUGAUCAGAUCCUCAGAGCACACCCAUAUAUGAGGGACCUUAAUGCACUUUCUGCAAUGGUGCUGGAUCAAGAAUAAGUUUGCAAGUAAUCGGUGCAGUAUUGACAUGGUAAAAUGCAGACUUGUGAGUCGUACAAAAGAAAAUGUGACCGCAGAUCAGUUGAACAGUCAUAAGGCUCUUCACACCCACCAAGCUGUUGCUUUUACCAGCAGUCACAUUUUGGAAGUUUUCAGCUGGGCUGAUGACUAGAGCAUUUCCACUGGACAGAAUAAAAAUGUCACCUGUGUCUUAAUGAUACUUGCUUUCAGCUUAUUUUGUGCCAUUACCUACCUACCACUGUUGUUCUUUUGCUUCAAAAGGUUUUUCCUGUGUUUGGUAGUCAUUCUCUUGCAGGAAAGCAAAUGAGUAAGAACAUCUGAUCCAGCCAUGAAAAUGUUUGUGUUUCUCCUCUUAUUAACAUUUUAAAUAUUAUGUUUUUUUAAUGUACAGAAUUUGAAAGUGUUGUAACUUUUUGGGGUAAAAGAAAGUUUUGGAAAAAGAUCCUUGAUAACUUUUUUUGGAUAACUUUUCAAUUGAAGGCUCGGAAAGGAUUAAGCAAUGAUAAAUCAGCAUUGUAUUUUACACUUCAUUUACAGGUGAUGGACCAACUAUCAACCUGUAUCUAAGAAAAAUGUAAAUAGUACAAAAACUAAAAUUAUAUUUUUGCUCAUUUGCUUCCAAAAAGUUUUUAAAUAGGCCAGCUAUAGGAUUAACAUAUUUUCUGUUAUGAUUAUCUGUAAACAUCAAAUUAGUUGUAAAAUUGUGCACAUUGAACAAAGCCUCUCAAAACUUAAGAAUUCUUAAGUUGGGUUAACAUUUUCAGUUUAAUACGUUUUAAGUUAUUGCAUGAUUAUUCGUUUACUAUUAUUUAUAUUCCAAAAUCAACGAAAUUUCAUGUAUCUUAUGGUGACCAUUGCCAGAACUGAUUUCUUUCUUGGUUUAAGGUUUAAAUAAAACUUUCUCUGCCCUUCGCAAAAUUCAGGAUUUGUAAUGUUAUUGAAGAUCAAUCCAGAAUUGUAUAUAUAAGAUAGUUACAUUUUAGCUUCUGUACUACUGAAUUAAAUUGUUUUGAGGCCAUAAUUCACUCUACAGUUGUAUCAAUGUUCACCAAAACUUUAAAGGUGCCUUGAUUAUAAAUAAUUUACUUCAAA